UAGAAAUGACAAAUUUGUGACCGGAUCUGCUUUAUAUCGAGUUACUGAUGAUGAAGAUGAAUUUAGGAAAAUCACCUAUAAGGGCUUCACCUCGAACUCUAAAUCAUUGAUAGCCAAUUUUGAAAAAAAUUCUAUUAUCUGCCUUGUCCAAACUGUUCCUAUUUCUUCCUCUAAUAAUGACUUCACGCUUACACCAGAAGAUCUCCCUUACACCUUUCCUUUAUUAUUGUAUUCUGCUCCGGCAGUAACCAAUUCAUACAAAUCUAAUGAUAAUAUAGGCCGACAAAGCUUUAUCCAAUUUAAGCUCAGUCCUCAAAGCAAAAUACCUCAUAUAAUCUCUUCAGAGAUUGAAUGGAGUUAUACGAGUAAUGAAGCACAAUCAUCAACCUUAUCUCAAAAUGAAAAGUUAAAAGUAUGUAAAGACUUUAACAGUCAACUCAAUUUAAUCGAAGAACAGUAUACAGCUGCAAAUUCUCAAGCUUCCAAUAAGAGAAAAAAAUUUCCCUCGUUUUCUUUCACAUCAAACUCUUCAAGUAACAAAUCUCCAACCGUCGAUCUUACUACAUUAGUAUUACAAAUCAGAAGCAACGAAUCUAUGUCCCAACCUUCGUCAA